AGGACCGCACGCGUGUGUGAGAGAGGAGCCGCGCGUGUUUUAAUCGCGUGUUUUCACCGUGAGCCGCGGAGAGUCAGUCGGAACCGAAGAGUCAGUCAGCAGAACCAGCUAAUCUGGGUCAUUAUUAGUGUGAAGGAGAACCAGAAAUCAUCCUCAUCUUCGUCAUCAGCCGGGAUUAUUAAGAGGGUUCAGGAGGCCGUCAGCCGGCCGGAUGUGGGGUCAGAGCUGCAGCAGGUCCUGCGCCGCCUCAGUGUGUAUGAGAACGUGCCCCGCAAGAAAGCCAAGUUUGAGAACUGGAUGAGGAACUGCCUGAAGAUCCACAGUCCACAUUUACUGAAGCAGGUCUGGGAGAUUCUGUCCACGGCGGCCGACAGCAAUGGGAAACCAGCGAGUCGAGAGACGACAGAAAACUGCGAGAGCCGAACAGACCUGAAGAACGGCACUGAGGAGGAGGAGGACCAGCGGAAGAAGAAGAAGAAGAAGAACAGGAAGACUUCAGAGGAGCAGAACGGACAUGAGAAACACACACAGAAACAGAAGAGGAAGAGAGAACAGAACGAACAGAACACAGACGGAAAGAACAACAAGAGACAGAAGAAGAGCAAGCAGGAAGAGCCUGACGAGAGCCUGAAUGAGGAGGGGGAGGAGCCAGACAACCAAGAGACUGAACCAAACUCUACAGCAGGGAAGUUUAAUUGGAAAGGCACGAUAAAGGCGGUUCUGAGAGACGCUCCUGAAGAAGGACUCGCUGUCAAAAAACUGCGCAAGAAGGUUUUAGCUGCUUAUUAUUCCUUCAGUGGAGACAGAAACUACAGGUCAGAAGAGGAGCUGCUGUCUCUGUUCAACAGGAAGAUCAACACCAACCCCAAGUUUAAGAUCUUGAAGGACAGAGUGAGACUGCUCAAAUGAUGAUAAUAAACAUCAUACUGAGCAGACGUGUGUGUGUGUGUGUGUGUGUGUGUGUGUGUGUGUUCAGUUCAGUUCAGUUCUGCCUGGCGCUCCACACACUCGACAUCUGUCAUUUCUGUUGUGUUAUUUCUGACAUUAUUGUCAUUUUAAGAGCGGGUCAGCCAGUGAUUGUAUAAUGGAUUAACUGCAGAUAGACCAAAGCUGUUCAUCCUCAACUUUAUAUGUUUAGAUUCUGUCAUUUAGUUUUUAAUAAACGUCUGCAGAUGAG